AUGGGUCUUUCUUUAAGUUCUGCACAAUCAAAUAAACAACGAUUUUCAUCUAAUCCUGAUAUUAGAAAAGCUAAUUUAAAAGGUAAUUAUCAAUCAAUGGAUGAAUUACAAGAUGGAUUACGUCAAGCAGGAUUAGAAAGUUCUAAUUUAAUUAUUGGAAUUGAUUAUACUAAGUCAAAUACAUGGACUGGAGCAAAAAGUUUUAAUGGAUAUAGUCUUCAUGGGUUGUUUGAAAAUGUAAUGAAUCCAUAUCAACGAGUUAUUGAUAUUAUUGGAAGAACAUUAGAACCAUUUGAUGAUGAUAAUCUUAUUCCUGUUUAUGGGUUUGGUGAUGUAACAACAACUGAUAAAUCAGUUUUUUCUUUUAUGCCAAACGAUACACCAUGUAAUGGAUUCCAAGAAGUAUUAAAACGAUAUAAUGAAAUUACACCAAGUGUACGUCUUUCUGGACCAACUAAUUUUGCACCUUUAAUUAAUAAAGCAGUACAAAUUGUUCAACGUACAAGACAAUAUCAUAUUCUUUUAAUUAUUGCUGAUGGACAAGUUGAUGCAGAACGAGCAACUAAAGCAGCAAUUGAGAAUGCAUCAAAUUAUCCAUUAUCUAUUGUAACAAUUGGAGUUGGAGAUGGACCAUUUGAUAAAAUGGAAAAUUUUGAUGAUGAAUUAGGACAAUCAAAGUUUGAUAAUUUUAAUUUUGUAAAUUUCCAGAAAGUAGUAGAUGGUCCUCAUGUAGAAAAUCCUGAAAUUGCAUUUGCUACAGCAGCAAUGAAUGAAGUUCCAACGCAAUUUUUAUGUUGUAAGAAAUUAGGAUAUUUAAAUUAA